AUGGACAGAGCGAAGACUCGCAAGCCUCAUAAGAAGUCGCGAAACGGCUGCUUACCGUGCAAAGGCCGACAUGUCAAAUGCGAUGAACAGAGGCCUAACUGCGCAAACUGCGUGAAGCAAGGCACGGCGUGCGAAUACCGACCUUCCACCAACCGCGAGAGUCGUGAGGCGUCCCACGUAUCGCCUUUGCCGGCUGGAACACCAGCUUUUACGCCGUCAUCUACGGAUGGUAAUGCCAACACUGUUGAUCAGCAACCAUUACCGGAGUUUGGAACUAUCGACCUUAAUGGCGCAUCCAGCCGGCCUGAUCUGACACUGAAUAUACCCCAACUACGGUUGCUCCACCACUAUACUACUGUCACCGCCAAAACCCUCGCAGCGCAUACUGAUGCUGAGGAUGUUUGCUCGAACUUUCUGAUACAGACAUCUUUCGAUCAUCCUUAUCUCCUUCAGGCAGCUCUUGCUCUCAGCGCGCUACAUCUAAGCCGAAUUUCAGCUCCAGAAGAGGCUCCGCAAUACUCGUACCAGGCCGAGAAGUACCAUGAAGCAGCUCUACUUAGUUUCCAAACAUCGGUUCGCGACAUCGACCAUUCGAACUUCAAAGCGGUCCUUCUAUUUGCCGGAGUCCUGUUCCCACACGCAUGUGUGGCUUCAGUUGCAGCUCACACAGAUAUGGAGCAUGCGUUCGAUAGUAUGCUUUCCAACCUGAUUCUGACCCGGAGGAUAAGGCCCAUGGUGUCUGGUUUUUACAUGGAAAUGAAGGCGAGUGAAUUGGGCCGCAUGAUUCCGGACGACGUAAAAGACAUUGAUUGGAUGACGGAAGAACAACCACCCAAUACUGAACUUGUCCAGCUGCGCAAGUUCUCGGAGGUCGUCCAUCAUGUCUAUCCCCCCGAUAUCGUCGACGCAUAUGGCUUUGCCUGCCAUAUCCUCGAGCUGGUAUUCCAGGUCGCGGAGAAAUCUGACAAGCCGCCUUCCGACGCGUUGCUGAAGAUUUGGAUUCAUCUCAUCUCCAACCGCUAUAUCGAGCUUCUAUCGGAGAAGCAGCCGGGAUCUCUGAUCAUCUUUGCACAUUAUGCUGUCAUGAUGCACAGAGCGGCAGCGAGCUACUGGUAUCUGGAAGGACUCGCAGAGCAGAUCCUCAUGAUUGCGGAUCACAUGGUUCCCAGCGAGUGGAAGCAGUGGCUCCAGUGGCCUAAGGAGCAGAUACGCGGUGCCUCUGUUCCACCGACACCAUAUUCUGGACAUACGACAUGA